UGUGUGUGUGUGUGUGUGUGUGUGUGUGUGUGUGUGUGUGUGUGUGUGUGUGUGUGCAGCUCACGAGUCGUGUCCGUCGUGUUUUGCAUCGCGCUCCUCGUGCGACCAGCCGCCUGUCAGCGUGACCAGUGCGUCGCCAGCCCGCCUCCGACCCCGAGCCUCCACUGCCCUGCUCGUGUUAACCGGUGCUAAGCCUGUAGCCCGCUAACUGCUACAGGCGACCUAGCUAAGCCCACGGUGCUGCUGCUGCUGCUGCUGCUGCUGCUGCUCGUGCCCGCUGUUCACGGGAGGGGGCUAAUUUAGCAGUCAAUGAACGUGGGGGUGUCCCAGCUGACAGGAAGCACACGCAGGCAGCUCCUGGGGACUGGAUGCAGCCGACCCCCCAAGGGUUGAGGCUGACAUUGAGGUCGUCUUGGAACUAUGCCCGCUGCUACUGUGGACCACAGCCAAAGAAUAUGUGAGGUUUGGGCCAACAACCUGGAGGAGGAACUGAAGAGGAUCCGGCAUGUCAUCCGGAAAUACAACUACAUUGCCAUGGACACCGAGUUUCCAGGUGUAGUAGCCAGACCAAUCGGAGAGUUCCGAAGCAACGCUGACUACCAGUACCAGCUGCUGCGCUGCAACGUGGACUUGCUAAAGAUAAUCCAGCUGGGCCUCACGUUUAUGAAUGAACAAGGGGAAUACCCUCCAGGCACCUCGACGUGGCAGUUCAAUUUUAAGUUUAACCUCACAGAGGACAUGUACGCACAGGACUCCAUUGAGCUCCUGACCACUUCAGGGAUUCAAUUCAAGAAGCACGAGGACGAAGGCAUCGAGACACUGUACUUCGCAGAGCUGCUGAUGACGUCGGGAGUGGUGCUCUGUGACGGGGUCAAGUGGCUGUCUUUUCACAGCGGCUACGACUUCGGAUACCUGAUCAAGAUUCUGUCUAACGCCAACCUGCCUGAGGAGGAGGUGGACUUUUUUGAGGUCCUACGCUUGUACUUUCCAGUAAUAUAUGACGUCAAGUACCUCAUGAAGAGCUGUAAAAACCUCAAGGGCGGGCUGCAGGAAGUAGCCGAACAGCUGGAGCUGGAGAGGAUCGGACCACAGCAUCAGGCUGGCUCAGACUCUUUACUCACAGGCAUGGCUUUCUUCAAGAUGAGGGAGAUGUUCUUUGAGGAUCACAUCGACGACGCAAAGUACUGCGGUCACUUGUACGGGCUCGGCUCCGGCUCGGCCUACGUUCAGAACGGAACGGGAAACGCUUACGAAGAGGAGGCUAACAAGCAGCAGUCGUGACAUCGCUCUCCAGAAAAAAAGGCUCCCAUCACCGCAGUUCACCACCACGGUGGGCGCGGCGCCGACGGCGAGCUUCGGCGGCCGGAUGACGAUGACAAUGGAAGACACACAAAACAUAUACACGUCGUUUAGCUGGCCGUUUCUCAUAGGCUCGCCAUCUUAGACAACAGAGUGUGAUGGUCAGAAGAAGAAAAAAAACGAAGAAGUCACAGCUACCCUUACACACGCCGCUGUUGCGCGUGUGUGAGUUUAGUCUUUUUUUUGGUUCCGUUACAUUUGACAUGCUUGAAAAGUUGGGAUUUUAGUUUACCUAAGAUGUUCUGUAGAAAUGUUUUGCACUUUAAAGCUCUAACCUGAUUUUAUAUGGUAAGCUGAACAUGUUCCUGGUGUCUCUCUCCUCUCUGUUGCCUUCUUCUGUGUUCCCGUUCUACAUUGCGAACAUGUGAAUCUGUAAAAAAAAAAACACGCUCAGCCUUAACUCUAGCUGCAUUCUUAUCUUUUAAAACUUUUAAUUUAUUGUGCCGACGGUGAACAGUCGCGCCCGCUCAACACUACAGCACCACACGUCGCUGGAUUUCCUCUCUGCUGCUGAGAAAGGGAGCUCUGCUCAGUGAGAGAGUUUUUGUGCACACGGCGAGCCACCACAGUAGUUUUCAUUUGUUCAGAAGAAAUAAUGUUUAUAAUAAUGUCCUUAAUAGGCUCUCGUCCCACUGUGAGCAGCCUCUGACUAACAAGCUGAUGUAUCGUGCUGAACAUAAUUUCCUCUGUUAGUAGUUGCUGCGUUUUCUGUUAGUGUUCACGGUGAAGCUCAGAAUAAUUGCAAACAAGCGUAUUUACAGUAUGUAGCAAGAUAGAUACAGUUGGUUUUCAUGUUGAGCGUCUGUGCAUGUAAACACGCUCACUGACACAAGCACACGUGAGCGUCUCUACAUUGGAAAAGAAGGAAAAAAGCAUUAAAAGAAUAAACGUUCACCUGCUGAGGCUUCCCUGAACUACUCUGUUCAGAGUACAUUCUCAUUUUUAAUUGAAAUUAAGGACUUCUAGGGUUUUAGUGUUGUAAUAAAAGAGGAAAAACAAUAACUUUUUGCUCACUGGGGGAAAAAUAACAUUGGUUUUUAACAUUUCUCUCAGUGCAGUUCAUUUCGCACUUAAGUUUCCUGCCUUUGAAUGACACUUUAGUGCUCUUUUUGUUUGUUUUUUUUUUUUUUUGUAUUGCUUCCCAGAGUCAUGCUGCCCAGAACAGUCGCAUGUACUAAGAUGUUUGAAUAAAUGCUGUGUUGUUUAAUAGUAUCCUGAACUUCCAUAGGUGUGUGUUGACGUGUAGGUCCAUGACUUGUUAAGCCGCCUCCGCAUCAGAAAAAAAACAAAAAUACUGAAGCACUUCUUUCUUUCUGCAGCACACCUCACACUGCGAAGGAGCAAAAGAGGAAUAUGCAAUGUAAAAGGAUUGUUUUUAGAUUAUUUUGUAAAUAAAGGCUUGAAACUUUUCUACCACGAAA